AUGGCCCGCCGCUGUUCUGCGCCCUACGACGACAGUCACUUGCCACGGCUGCUGCAUCAAGGGAGCAACUGCAGCAAGGACAGCAGCAGGACAGCCAGCAAAGGCACACCACUGUCGGCUAGAUCUGGCAGGACAUGCAGCAAGAGUUCAAUUCCGCCAGAUGCUGUGCCCAGCGUGCCCAGUCCCGGCAGUGGAGGCCGCAGCUGGUGCAUGGGUGGCGCUGCUGCGCGAAACUUGCGCCGAAUCAGUAUGGAACGAGGGCUCGUGCAUGAGAAGCUGCAAAGUAAGCAGGAGGAGGAGUUGCCCAGUUUCGAGGAGUUAUCCCGUGAUCUCCAGGGCUGGAAUGGCAGGUGGAAGAAGAAGAAGGCUUCGGCGCUCAUCCAGGAGCGGAUACGGAUCGACGAACUUGAGAUUGAGCAGAGGAGGCUUGACAUCGAGGAGCGCCACAAAAAGGCUGAGGAGAGGCGGGAACAAAGACGACGGACCAUCGAGAUUGAACAGCAUGAGCUCCAGGAAGAGGUCAAUCGUCACGAGGCACGUCAGAAGGCGCAACGCUUGGCCUGGGCACCCGGACGCGCGCCAUGGAACGAGCGCGAAAUUCAGAAAGGCUGGAGCCAGAUUCAGCUCUAA